AUGCCACGACUCAGCGAAAACCAACGUAAUAUUGCUGUUGGAAUGCUUCAAGCAGGAAUGGCACAAAAUAUUGUAGCAGGACACUUUGGAGUUCACCGGAACACCAUCCAGUCAUUAUGGAGACGUUUUCAUCAAUCUGGUAAUACUCGGGAUCGACCACGUUCUGAGCGUCCUCGCGUGACGUCGCGUCGACAGGACAACCACAUUAGACUCGUGCACCUGAGAAAUCGUUUCCAGACUGCAAGUUUGACUGCUCGAAGCAUUCCUGGACUUCGACCAAUCAGUCCAAGAACUGUGCGAAAUCGUCUGCGCGAGCGCAACAUCAGACCAAGACGUCCAGCUGUGCGCCCAAUACUGCUACAAUGUCAUCAUUUCAUUUGGACAGCAGUGACGGCCGUUGUAGAGUGUAUCGUUGCAUUGGGGAGCGGUAGCAGGACGCUUGUGUUGUGCAACAACGACAAUUCGGUGGAGGUAGCAUUAUGGUGCGGGGUGGAAUCACAGCACGUGGAAAGGACGCCUCUACAAAUUGUCAAUGGAAAUCUCACCGGCGUACACUAUACAGAUGAAAUUAUUCAGCAACAUGUGAUACCCUUCAUUCAGAGACAACAAAAUCACAUCACUCUUCAGCAAGACAACGCAAGGCCACAUGUUGCAUGUGUAGUCAGGGAUGUUUUUGUUCAACAGAAUGUCGAUGUCUUGCCUUGGCCAGCUGUUUCUCCCGAUUUAUUGCCUAUCGAGCACGUUUGGGAUGAAAUGGAACGACGUCUAAGCCGUUUGCCAAAUCAGCCAAUGACGUUGGCUGAUUUAGGCCAGGCCUUAACCAACAUCUGGAACAACAUCCCUCAAGCAUAUCUGAACACUUUAGUUGCAUCAAUGAGGCGCCGGUAUCAAGCAUGUGUGAAUGCAAAUAGUGGUCACACGCGUUAUUAA